AGAUCCUGAUAACCAGUGGCAGUCACGUGAUCAUAACAGUGUCUGUGAAGGCGCAGCUCAAGUGUUUCCUUCCCUCGGCCUCCGGAGAGUCCACAGGAGGACACAUGCGCCUCCCACGACAUCCACAGCUCCUCAGAUGCGCCUUACGCAGCAGAUGCACAUGAAGGAAAUGAGAGUGGCGCAGAUCUGAGGCUGUAGAUGCACUUAAAGACUUUGUUAUAGUUGUUGUUUUACUUUAAAAGCGUGAUGGAAGUGGAGGAGAGUAAGGUAUCAGUGUGGGUCUGCCGAGAGGAAAAGCUGGUCCUGGGUUUGUCAAAGCGCACAACCUGCGCAGAUGUUAUCCAGGUGCUUUUGGAGGACCAGAACUCACAGCGCGGCCCGUCCACGGCGCAGCUCUCCAAAUGCGCACAAUCUUACUGCAUCGUGGAAAAAUGGAGGGGUUUCGAAAGGAUUUUACCGAACAAGACCAAGAUACUGCGCCUGUGGGUCGCGUGGGGAGAGGAGCAGAAGAACGUGAAGUUUGUGUUGGUGAAAAGCGAAGCGUCUUUGGCGAACCACGGAGCCAGGAGCGCAGAGGCACGCGUGGUGCUGAGCAAGCAGAGCCCCUGUGUCUCCAAGGGGACCCCACGGAUACCAGUGGGGGUCAUCUCACCCGAGAAGAAGCGUAGGAUUGUGAGGAAAGCUUUCAGAAAGUUGGAGAAGAUUAAUAAAAAGAGAGCGCAAGCGGCGCCAAAAGACGCAUCAUCUGCGGAAAAGAUGGAAACUUUGGUUCAUGUUGUGAUUUCUCAGGAUCAUACCAUCCGCCAGCAGAUUCAGAGGAUUAUAGAACUGGACGCUGAGAUUGAACGAUGCGAAGCAAAAGUGCAUUAUGACAGAAUUCAAAGACACGGGAUUAAUUACGUGCAGAACACAUAUUUGGUGGACGCAGACGCAGCCUCGUGCCAAGACGCAGACAAACUGUGUUCAGCGCAGACUUUGGCGGAGUUUGAGGCGUAUGUCCUGCAGUGUGAGGAGCUGGUGAGGUUACAGGAGGAGGUGUGGGAGCAGGAGGCUCUUAUAGACACCAUCUCAGCUCAGGUCCAGGAGGAGCUGAACCACCGCUGGAUGCAGAGGAGACAAGAACAGCUGCGCAGCAAAAAGACCAGGGACAAGGACGCACAGCCGGCGGAAAACGAACCGCUUUUGGAGGACGAGAGGAUCAAAACGCAGUUAGAUGCGAGUUUAUACAUCGGUCUGCGCCUCAACACGGAUUUAGAAGCUAUUAGGAGCGAUUUAGAGCUGACCCAGGAGAUUUACGGGGCGAGGGAGAAGGAGAUGAGAGAUUUACUGGAGAAAGUGAACAGUUUGGAUGUGGAGGGCGGGGCCGGUGAGGAAGGAUGUGGAGACGGGACAGACAGAGACAAGACAGGGGUGAAGAGCACUUUGGACACCAAGAGUGAGUGGGUGGAACAGGCCAGGGGUCUGUCCAAGGCUCACAGUGUCAACGAUGACGACUCAGACACAGGCUUAAGUUCUCUGCACAGCCAGGACUCAGACAGCAGACAGUGGGAGUCCCUGGUUUAGGACUGGGACACAGACCAUCACUGAAUGAACUACAACUAAAAACAAC